CUUCAGCCAUCAUCCUUUCACACUCUCACUCACCCCCCUCUUCCCCUCACACACAUUGCAGAAAACCCAAAAUCCAAACUCAACAAACCCACAAUGUCCCCAAACCCACCUCCCCUCUUCCCCUUCCUUUGCCUCCUCUUCACUCUCUUACCCUCCUCACUGGCACUAACCAAUCCGGACCCGGCUGCAGUGCAGCCAUUCCUUCCUAAAUCUUCUCCCCCAGCUACAAUCCCUGCAUUCCCAGAGCAAUCCGACAUAGCCGGCUGCCCACUCCAGCUCCCUGAUGAGCUCUUCCACGGCGUAAAGGCCGCCUGCUCAGCCAAAAAAGGCGACCCGGCUGGCCAUUUACAGCACAGCCGCUGCUGCCCUGUGCUCGCGGCGUGGCUCUACUCGGCCUACUCUGCCACCGCAUUGGGCAGAAGCGGCCGAGUAGGGCCUGCAGUAACGGGUCACGGUAGUAAUACUACUACCGCGUAUGACCCGCCACUGCUGCCUGAUGACUCGGAAACUUGUGUUCAGGACUUGGGAAAAGCGCUGAGUGCAAAGGGAAUAGAGCUGAUGAGACCAAACGAGACCUGUGACAUGGUGUACUGCAACUGUGGGAUCAGAUUGCAUCCUUUGAGCUGCCCUGAGGCAUUUUCAGUGAACCAAAAUGGGAAACUUAUUGGGGAUAAGAGUGUCAAGAAGUUAGAGAAGAACUGCUUGAGCAGCAGCAACAAUGUCAACAAUUUCCCUGGUCUUGGUGGCUGCUCCAAAUGCCUCAACAGUCUCAAACUUCUUAACAAGAAGAAGACUUCCAAUUCAAGCAAAUUGGAGGACAGGACCACCAAAAUGCACAACAAAGAUUGUCAGCUGAUGGGUCUCACAUGGCUCCUUGCCAAGAAUCGGACGGCCUACAUGCACACCGUUACAUCCGUCUUCCGGGCUAUCAUGGUAAGCAACGACGGCUCCGAUCCUCAGUCGUGCACCCUCAACAGUGACGGAAUGCCUCUAGCUGUCGAUUCGUCGGAAAUCUCUGAUCAGUCCCCCUCCAACAUCCUUGCAGUUUCAUUCACAUUCUGCGUAGUGUCACUUUCUCUGUUGUAUGUGCAGCUUACCAUGAGCUAAGACUAAGUUUACGAACCAUGUUCUAUGAGAUCGUGUAGCUUAGUACUCUGUAAUGUAUGUUCUAUAGUUUCAAAAAUUGCUCUACGAUUUAUGAAUAUGCCCAACUGUCCCAUGCAUCGGAUGCU